AUGUCAUUUGUCCCUGUCUGGUUCAACAAAGAUCCAGCUCUGUCUACCAGGAUGGGCGAUAUCCUGUUGCUUUUCAUCUACAUAGUGUAUACGUUUGAAUUAGUCUCCAAAAUCAUCGUGUUUGGAUUGAUCCUCAACACGCAUUCCACUACAAAACCUAGUCUGCGCACAUGGAACCAUCGCAUCCGCCACCACUUCCACCGGCGGCCCAGCUUCCUUUCCGUAGUCUAUACCAGCGAUAUUGAAUCCAUUCGAUCCUACUCGGACGAUCAACAGGACGAUACCGCCUCUAACUAUAUCCGUAGCCAUCAUCGCCACACUCUACUGCCCUCAUUUGCACAUCCACCCAGGUCCAUCUCCUCUGCAGCAUCUAUUCUCUCAGGCACAGGAUCAGAGAGAGCGUACCCUAACCAUCAUACCAUAUCGCGUAGUGUCAGUGGAUCGGAGCCACGUUCACCGAGCUCAGUAUCGCCAGCAGCUACUCCCACAGACAAUACCAGUGCUUCUGUCAUUGAUGAUUUAGAGUCCAUCCUCAGCCAAGAAUCCAUCUACAGUCAAGAGUCUUAUCUGUCUCUGCCAAACAAGCAGCACCGCACUCGCAUGGAAGAAGCUGACAGUGAGGAUGCCAAGUCCAUUCUCUCUGCAGCAGAGCAGCAAGUACUCGCCAGUCUGAAUCCAUAUCCUCAUCAUCAUACCACCUCUUCCGCAGCAGCAGCAGCAGCAUCACCAUCAUCAGGCGCAGGCACUGAUAUCGAUUUCCUCAAAGUGACACACAAGAGCUUUCUAUCCAAUCUGCCAAAUAGCAUUGAUCUAAUAUCGGUGGUAUCUUACUGGGUUGAUCUUGCUACAGUGCUUUAUCUCGGCAGACGUCCAUACCCUAUCUUCCAAGCGUUUGCAGCCACUCGAUUGCUUCGACUGCUGGUCAUUACUGAAGGCACUACGGUUAUUAUGAAAUCGCUGAGCAGUAGUUAUGAUAUGCUAAAGAACGUCAUGGGAUUCUUUGUCUUUUUCUGGCUGCUAUUUUCUCUGGCUGCCCUGUUUAUCUUUAUGAAUGCCUUUAGUAGACGCUGUGCUGUCUGGCCGGAAGACGGGCUCCAUAAGGACUUGACAGACAUCCAGUAUGUAGAACCUCGCAUCUCCUGCAGCGGUUACAUGACAAGCGCCAAUGACCGCACAGGCCCUUAUGAUAUCAACACGGGCACGCAAAACACGCAUCCUGGCGGCGAUGGGCUCUUUUGCAAACUGGGACAGGUCUGCAUUCAAGACGUUGCUAAUCAACCCGAGUAUGGCUAUAUGAGCUAUGAGAACAUUUUGUACACCAUGCUCAAUAUACUGACUGUGAUCUCUACCGAGAACUGGACAGACUUGCUGUACAUUACGCAAGACAGUGUCUCUGAGCUGGGUGCUGCCAUGUUCUACUCGUUUUGCAUCUAUCUGAUGACCUUUAUCAUGGUACCCAUGUUCAUUGCGGUAAUUACCACCUCCUUUUCUCAUGUGCGAGGCGAUAUGCGAGAAAGCGCCUUCUCCUCCAAGCGAAAGGCGAGGCUGCUGCUGGCUUCUGGAAAGCGGUACAAGACGCAUCAUCAGAAAGAACACUCAGAUGAGGAUCGCGAAGAGUGGAUAUACGAGGGAGCUGGAUUAGGAGGCCAUCGUCAGGCCAGAUCAUGGGUACAAGGAUGGGCCCACUUCGUUACGCACCAUGCUUAUUUCCCAUAUUUCGGCAGCAUACUGGUCGUGCUGAAUGUGCUUUGCAUGAUGUUUUACACUGCAAACAUGUCAGCAAAAGAUCAAAUGUACUAUGAUCUUGUAAAUAGGAUUUAUACCAUCCUGUUUGCUGUUGAGAUUAUGGUUCGCAUUUAUGGAUGUCUUCAUUGGAGACAGUUUUGGAUGAGAAUACGGAAUCGAGUGGACCUGAUCAUUGCCAUUGCUACCGUCAUGGAUGAAUUCUCCUUUGUGCGAGAGAGCAGAUACCAUCUCUUCUUGCUUGUAUUUAGUGUGUGCAGGUCCUAUCGCGUUGCGUAUUUGUUACCAGGCGUAUUGAGGUUGCUGUCUGAUGUCAUUGGCGAUGGUCAAGGCAUUAUAAACUUGACAUUUUUCACAUUCUUGGUUCUGCUGCUAUUGUCGCCCAUGUCAGUGCAGUUGUUUGGUGGCGACUUUCGGUUUGUGCCUGAAGACGAGCCAUCCAUGCGCUUUGACAAUUCGUAUCAGGCGUUUUUGGCUCUAUUUCAAAUCAUGACGGGUGAAAACUGGACUGAUAUCCUAUAUGAUGCGAUGCAUAGUCAAGAAGAUGCAUCCGUGUCUUAUGCUGCCAUCUACAUGAUAUUUCUUUAUUUCUCAGUGCACUAUAUGGUCCUCAACCUGUUUAUCGCUGUCAUUAUGGAGAACUUUGAUUUGGAUGAGGAGGAGAUCAAGCAAAUUCAAAUCAAAAAGUAUAUUCGAGAGCAUCGAUGGAAGCCCGAGUAUUUCAAGAUGGACACUAUCAGCAGACUCUUAUUGCCUCUGUUUGUCAUUCAGGACGAAAAGAAGCUAGACUUCAAGAGCAUUCCACAAAACCUCGUCGCUCAAGUUACGAGUAGCAGGUUCAAGGACUUUUUAGGACAAGACACCAGCAGCAGCGAGCACUCUCACCCUUAUUCGCCAGGACAUCCAAACAGACAUCUGACUCAUUUCUCUCUCUCCGAGCAAGGCCAUUCAUCUCGAUUCUUUGGUAAAAGGCCAUCCUCUCUGCUAUCUCAUAAAAGCGGCGUCAGCACAAGAAGGCCGUCUGUUGCAUCGCAAUACAGUAAUCACAGCCUCCGUUUGGAUACAGCAUCAAUAGCGUACCUGGAUCAAGAAGACGAGCCUCUGGUCAAAUACGGCGAUGAAUACGAGCUCAAUGUGGCUCGAGAGAACAAGGCAGUGAUUGUCGAAAAUCUGAACGUGUUUCGAUCCAUCAUCAUUCUGAAAAAGGAUAAUCUGAUACGUAAAGUAUGUACACAUCUUGCCACCAAGGACGGCUACAACUGGUUCAUUGUGAGCUUGAUUUGCAUCAGCACACUGCUUGCAUUAUGGGCAGAUGAGUCGAAUCGAGAGCAACAUCCUGUAUUGAUCCGUACGGUGAUAGGACCCUUGCAUGCAUUGCUCUUGCUGAUCUAUUGGAUUGAUAUCUUUAUACACAUGGUAGCAGAUGGCGUGUUUAUGCUUCCCAAAUCCUAUAUGAGAAAUGCGUGGAACCUGCUUGAUAUGAUGAAUCUGACAGGCCAAUUCAUUCUGACCAUUCUGAUGGCGACUGAUCUGGAUUCGGCUGAGAAACUAGCACUGUAUGUAAGCUAUCUGCGUAUACUGAGAACCCUGCGUUCUGUGCGCAUCGUUUACUACGUGCAAGGUAUGCGUACCAUCUUUUUAGACUUGGUGUAUGGUUUGCCAAAAAUGAUUGAUGCAGUCGCUUUGAACUUUUUGGUGUUUGUGCCCUUUGCUAUCUACGGCUGCUUCUUGUUCAGUGGUCGAUUCUUUGUCUGCAAUGAUGAUGACAUUGGCUCAAAGCAGGGCUGUUUAGGUGAAUUUCCAGCCACGGAUGACGACAAUUACGGUAUAUUACUCCCAAGAACCUGGAAAGACCCCUAUGAUUACUCUUUUGAUACGUUUGGAAAGUCGCUUUUGCAUCUGUUUGAGUGUGCCUCUGGUGAGGGAUGGAUACUGUCAUUAUUCUCUGCAAUGAGUGUGGUUCCAAAAGAUAGAGACUUGCAGCCUCAAUUCAGCUGGUCAACAUCUUCCAUAUUCUACUCCCUUUACUAUGUCGUAUUCAUGUUUGUAGCCUCUCUGUGCUCGAUCCAAUUGUUUAUUGGUGUGUUCCUGGAGAUUUUCAAGCAGAGAAGUGGUAUUUCUUCAUUGACAAACACGCAGCGACAGUUUCAGGAUUUGCAGAGACAACUGGCAUUGGUGAAGCCAUCGAGAAAGGCAGAAAGGCCUCCAGAUGGAUCACUCAGGGCCAUAUGCUAUGACUUGGUCAUUGACAAGCGAGGCAAGUUUGCUCAGUUUAUGGCUGCCGUUCUCGCUGCAAAUAUCAUUGUGUUUGCUACAGAGCAUUUGCAUCAACCUCCAUGGCUAGGGCAUUUACAAGACGCAUUAAAUGCCAUCUGCUUGUCAUUAUAUGUAUUCGAGAUGGGAGCAAAGAUUGCUGGAUUAGGCCUCUAUAAAUGGGCUUCUGCAAGAUGGAACAUUUACGAUAUGGUGUUGGUAUGGCUUGCUAUAUUGACAUCGAUUCCUAAAUACUAUGGAGAGUUACCAUUUGGAUGGGAUGUGUCCCGAAAGUUGUGUCUAGUCGGUAUAGCGUUUCGAUUAGCUCAACGUAAUGAAUCACUGGACACACUAUUCAGAUCUGUCAAACGAGCAUUGCCGUCGAUCUUCUUUGUAUCAUUUGUAUUUUUCAUCGUCAUUAUCUGCUUUGGUGUCGCCUUUCAAGAAGGAUUCUCUUCCACUCGCUAUGGACCCUACGGAAAUGAACACGCAAACUUUAGGUCGCUGUUCAACACCAUAUUGACCUUAUUUCGCAUCACUACGGGUGAAAAUUGGGACUUCAUGAUGCAUGAUUUCACCGUUCUGCCGCCUGAAUGUGUAGGCAAAGAUGACUGUGGAUUCCCAAAUUAUGCCAUUUUCCUAUUCAUCAGCUUCUACGUUGUUUGCACCUACAUCUUUGUUAAUCUCUUCACAGUGAUUGUCAUUGACAACUUUUCGUUUACAUUUGAUAAAAGAAAUCAAUUUACACUGAUUACAAGGACAGAUCUUCGAUACUUCAAAAAGGCAUGGUCCACGCUGGAUCCUACAGCCACUGGCUAUAUAGACGUAGCAAACGUUCCCAACUUUUUGAGUAAACUAGAAGGUGUCCUGUCCAUCCACAUCUAUGAGAAAGAGCAUUAUCUAAGCACUUUGCUGGAUGCUAGUAAUCAAAUUGAUGGUGAUGUCGGUCAUCUGAUCACUGUGUCUUUGUCAGAUGCCAAAGGAGCAAGCAAUACCAUGGGAGAGCGAUUUUUCAAUCUGCAUGAGUUCAAUAAGAGACUGUCCAACAUUGACCCCAAUAUCAUCAAGGAAAGAAAGAGGCAAUACGCCGAAGUGUACCAGGAAACCUUGAAUGCAGCCUCACAUCGUGGCAUUGCUUUUCACCAAAUGCUUGAGAUUCUCGCCAUUCGCCUGGUGGAUGUCUCUAAAUCACUCACCUUUGAUGAACUAGUGAACCGUGCCAGAAUCCAGGACAAGGUGGCUAAACAAUUGGCAGCGGAGCGUACCACAGGACUAGUGAACAUGAUGAUCCAGAGAAGACAAUUUUUGAAAAAUCGCCAAAAAGCCAGAAACAGCCAAGUAUUGAACAGUAAUAAUAGCAAUCAAAGUAAUGUAGGCAACUGGUUGAGGCCUGGCAGUAGAUUGCCAUCAUCAAGCAGAGAGCGAUCUGCCCCUUUCUUGCAACUUCGUCCUCCUAUCAGCAUACCAGCACACAGUAGAUCCAAGUCGGAAUCUCCCACUCGAGAGAGACGCAACAAUGGAGUGCCCAAGAUUGUCGUGGACCAAGCACGCCAACAGAGUGUGGAUUCAAUCAAGUUGGCAGAGCCAGACUUGCAGAGCCAGCAACAAUCAUUGCGACUACCUGAUCGAUUUGCUAAUCCUGCAAACGUAGCCAGAGGCAUGCCUCAGAGAAGAAAUUCCACAGUCAUUGUACCCAUCACAUUAGGCGCACCUCCUGCACAAAGAGCAAGCAUGGUUACGCAACAAACAGCAACCCCAGCAUCAAGCAUAUCAGCCUCUGAAAAGGCACAAGUGUCUCCGCCCAACAUACUUGCCAGAAGAGCUACCGCCAUGUCGAUACGAAGGAUGUCUCUUACAGCUGACAUGCCAGGAUGCAAUAUCAGUACUGUCAAUGAGAGCACAACGGAUAUGCUCGCUCUAGAUGAUACUGAAGACGAUGUCUUUACGCAAUACUAUGCCAUUGAUGUUACCAUGAAUGAUAUGACAAGUCCAGAUGCAAAGAAGAUUGUGCAUAAAUUUGAGCACAAUGCUUGGUCAGAUCUUUUACAUCGUGAAGUAGCCUCUGAUGAGGAGGACGACUAG